AUGGGUGAAAUUAUAUUGGAGAUGAAAGAUUUGAAAGAACGCAUUGUGGCGCUGUCCCUUAGUGUUAAUGAGAUGUAUACGUACAUGCAUCGCUGCUAUGAAAACAUAGGAGUAAGCAAUGGUUACAUGAUUAGUCUCAGUGAAAAAUUGGAGUCUGUGGAGGCUAACAUCAUGAGUCUGCUGCGGUCUUCGGAAGGGACUGAUUCUUAUGCCACAAUACCUAAUCCUGAGGGGCCCAUAACUAACAAGACGAACAUCUCUAAGCGAAAAAAAAACAAACACACUAAGGCUAAAAGAAAGUCGACUAUCGGGGAAUCGCUUACCACUAAUGGAUGCCAUUCUGCUGCUCGAGAUGUGGAUUCGGCUGACUUACCUGUUGAGCCAGAAACUAAUAAAGUGAAUCAUUUUCACGUCGAAACUGAGCUGGCUGGGUGUAUAAACCUGGUCGACACACCUGUGCAUUCGGCCUCAGCUGUGACCGAUCAUGUGCCGAGUCACCCUGAGGCAGUGGAUGUUUCCUUGGACACUGCACCGAGUUUGGGCAGAAAUCACCAGGGUUUAAAGAGGCGGUGGAGGCUCAUGCUGCGAUGUCUUCAGAUUAUAAUUCUCGUCACAAUCGCAGCGGAGUAUGUAUACGCCCACGAGAUCGACAAAGAGCACCAGGGACCGCAGCUCUGCGGCGGACACUUAAAGGGUCCCGUGGGCACCAUCACCACCCCAAACUUCCCUAACCCAUUCCCGGUCCCGAUAAAGUGCAAAUGGAUAAUAAAGCACGGUAUAGAGAACGGGACCAUCUCGGUGUACUUCACGCAACAGUACACCACCACCGGGCUCACCUUCACCGAGUACUUGUACUAUGAUGAGUCGUACGUCGUCGGGAAGAGGAGGGCACUCACCCUUACUGACGACAACAUCACCAAGGUUAAGUGGCUUCAGCAACGUGAGCCGAACAUUGAGAGCGAUACGAGUCGUUUUCUGCUGUGA